UCACAUGUUUACAGUUGUCUUCAUCCGCGGAGUGGAACCUCAGACGCUUCUACCACUUAAGCAAAACGUGCAUUCUGAAGAUAUUAUCGAUGUUCCAUGGUGAAAACUAUUCUUCUACAUACAGGGGAAUCUUACUUUCACUUGAAAGGCUGUUGUGAGGAAGAGGGGUAACUAAAUCAGGCUGAAGGAUGAAGUCUAAAGGGAAGGUCGCUAUGUCAUGCAGAAAACCCUGGACCGAGCCAGACCUGGACCUUGAACCAGAGAACAGAGAACCAGGCACCAGCGAACAGGAGGGCUCUGAGGCCUCGGCCCGUAUUGGAGGCUCCUGGAGAGGCGUUCUGAGGGGCGGUGGCACCAUCCACGGCCCCCACAGACACCGACGGUCUCACAACAGUAACAAAGAACGCAACGUCCGGCGGCUGGAGAGCAACGAGCGAGAGCGCCAGCGCAUGCACAAACUUAACAACGCCUUCCAGGCUCUUAGAGAGGCCAUUCCACAUGUCAAAAUGGACAAGAAGCUCUCCAAGAUCGAGACGCUGACGUUGGCUGAGAACUACAUCAAGUCCCUGACCUCCAUCAUCCUGGGGAUAUCUUGCGCCCGCCUGCCUCCUGGUGAGACACCGACAGAGGCUAGCGCUGCCAGACUGCUCCAGUGUUACCAGCAGCACCUGGAGGAGGACGGGGAUGAGAGCCUGUCUCAGUUCCUCACCCAGAUCCACAGCUUCAGCCAGGAGAGCUAACAGCUAGCCUCAGUUACUCACCCAAAUCCACAGCUUCAGCCAGGAGAGCUAACAUCUAGCCUCAGUUCCUCACCCAGAUCUACAGCUUCAGCCAGGAGAGCUAACAGCUAGCCUCAGUUCCUCACCCAGAUCCACAGCUUCAGCCAGCAGAGCUAACAUCUAGCCUCAGUUCCUCACCCAGAUCCAAAGCUUCAGCCAGGAAAGUUAGCCAGCAGGUGCUAACUCCACAGCCAAAGAGUUGAAGCAUCCAGGCUUGACUUGGGGAGCGAAUCUCAACUGAAACCCUAUCUACCAUAUUGUACACUGCUACUCUACUUAUGACCAUGGCCAAAAGUAGUGCACAGAUUGGGGAAAAGGGUGUCAUCUGAGAUGCAGCCUUAUACUCCGACAAGCUAGUGAGCUACAGUGACAUACCUGACCAUGCACAAAAUGGAGCACGCAGGAAGGUGAGGUGAUUUGGAGCACUGAACCCUUGACAUUCAUUCUCAGAAACGUAAUGGUGGAGUACAAGUGAAGACAGACACAGGCAGCCUGUGGACUAUGUCAGAUUAGACAAAGGCCUAGCCAGAACUGUGACAGACAGAAUCUCCAAAGGACCAUGAUAUAACUUCUAGAAUAGGGGAACUUAAAGUUCAUCUCACGUGGGAUUCUGAUUCUGAUAUGUGGUGAGAACCAAGUCAAAGAACAUUCCAGACCCAUUUAAUCUGUUUUCUUUAUUUUUUCUGUCAUUUUUCCUAGCUGGCGAUUAACUGUAGUUACCUGAUUGGUCAGAAAUGUAAAAUAACUGAUUGUUAAAGUAUAGUUCUUUAGCAUACACUGUAGCCCACAAGGGCCCAAGCUGUGUAUAUAGGACAGGCCACCCCUGCUGUAGAUAGGACAGGCCACCCCUGCUGUAGAUAGGACAGGCCACCCUAGCUGUAGAUAGGACAGGCCACCCCUGCUGUAGAUAAAUAAAUGUUUUCAACCUUUUAGGAACAAUGUUUGUUUUCCCAGCUGAGCACUACCUCUGGACACAACAGUCACGUACAGCACAAGGAUAUGCGUACCUAUACUGGUCCCACAGACUGCCUCUCGACAGUCAAGUAAGUACAAGACAAGGAUAUAAUUCCCUAUACUUGUCCCACAGACUUUAGUCAAAUACUGUACUGUUUAAGGAAGGGAAAGAAUACACACUAAUUUAAACAAAGUGUAAAUUAUUAGAAACAUAUUUGUAUGUAUAUAUUUUAUUUGGGGGUGGUUGACACAGUUAUUAAAUUGCAGAGUGGAAGACAGGUAGAUGGGACAAACAGUUUGAAUGAUUGGAGCAGGGAAUUGAACUCAUGCCUCUGGUGGGAAGAGGAAGCCAGCAGUGUUAUCGCUAGACCACAGGAUCUACACAGAGCCAUAUGUGUACAUGUCAAAAUGUACAGUAUGUGUUGACCAAGUUGUUUUACCUCUAUGACCCUAUGGUAUCUUGUGUUUUUAUGGUUCUGGGACAUGGAUUUCUAGCUCAGUUGGUAGAGCAUGGGGCUUCCAAUGCCAGGAUAGUGGGUUCAAUUACCACUUGUACACAGAAAGUAUGCAAACAUGACUGUAAGUUACCUGGAAUAAAUGCAUCAGCUAAAUGGCAUAUUUUAUUAGAACAGUGGUGUGUGUGUGUGAAAGGUGAAUGUAAUAAUGAUGUUGCUCUUACAAUGUGUGUUUGAAUGAUUUUCUGUAAAGUCUUUGCAAUCCUGAGUUCUCCUGAGACUCCAAGAAAGUGUGAAUUGAAAAAUGUAAAACGAGAAUCUUCCUUAUCAAUAAUUAAAUUUAUUGAGAGGACAUUGACCAGGCACACUAUUAGAAGGAAUAAAUAUAUAGCUCAAUAACACCCUUGUUGGAGUUGGAACAGUACCGGCUUAUAGUAUUCUAUUUUACACCAUAAUCAACAAAAGCAAUGGAAUCCUCAAGUGAAAAGUCCGAUAGACUUAUGAUUUUCAUGCUAUGGUUGUACCCCCUUCACAUCCCAACCUAUACGUGUCAUGUGUCCCUCCUUUAGGAUAAAUCCUGUACUGUAGUAACAGCAGUAUGUACUCAGUGUCAUUAUCAAACAAUGCACUUAUUGUAUUAUGAACUGCCAUAGGAAGAUAAAGUGACAGUAUUCACAGAUAUACAGUUUUCUCGACAAUGAAUGAUUUGUAGUUGCAGUAUAUCAGUCACUAUUGGAUCUUCAUCUUUCAGUUACAGCAGUAAGAUGAAUGAAUGCCCAAACGUGAUAGUUUCAGCCUUUGUGGUUUAAAGAUAAUACUUAAUAUGACUGAUAUUUUAUGAUUUUUAUAUAUCAAUGUACAAUAACCCAACCUUGAAAUAUCACAAUGAAAACAUUUAUACUAUACUCGUAUUCAGAUUUAUAAAAAAUAUAUAUAUAUGUUCUUUCCACCAACCCCUUCACGUGUGUUGGCUGCCAGUCACAUGUGUUGGCUGCCAGUCAUGUGUGUUGGCUGCCAGUCACAUGUGUUGGCUGCCAGUCACAUGUGUUGGCUGCCAGUCACUUGUGUUGGCUGCCAGUCACGUGUGUUGGCUGCCAGUCACGUGUGUUGGCUGCCAGUCACGUGUGUUGGCUGCCAGUCAUGUGUGUUGGCUGCCAGUCACAUGUGUUGGCUGCCAGUCACAUGUGUUGGCUGCCAGUCACUUGUGUUGGCUGCCAGUCACGUGUGUUGGCUGCCAGUCACGUGUGUUGGCUGCCAGUCACGUGUGUUGGCUGCCAGUCACGUGUGUUGGCUGCCAGUCAUUACUGCUAAAAUCAUAGGAGGUGAAAAAUAUGCAGAUAAUAGUGUUAAAACUCUUAUUUUCCUGAGAAACAAACAAAUGAACUUUUAAGCCUUUCAAAGACAUAAUUUUUCAAGCAUUUUUUUUAUGAAAAUAAGAAUAUGUACUUUCUUUUCAAGAGUAACACAAAAUUGCUAUAGAAAAAACUGUCCCCCUAGGAACAUGGACAUACAAACUCUUCACUGUGGCCAUCACAGAUACAAACCAUUCAGGGGAAAGGCAUAUAACUGUAAAAGCGCCAUGUGCUAUCAAAGGAUUCAUAACCUAAAUGAUUCUCAGUAAAUAAACCAUUCAUGUUUUUGUUGUGA